GCGAGAGGUGUCAGAACACUAACUACAGUUCAGAGGACACACCAUCAGAGACUGGCUGAGAGAGAGACAGAGACCGAGGGCAACCACGGUGCAAUACAUCUUUGGAUUUCCACAGUUUACACACUGACAGGCAAGCUCAGUUUGAGUGAGGACCUCAUCUUAGUUGGACCAUUAUCAUCCAGUCCCAGAAAAUGGUGUUUGGCAUCCGGAAGCGUAUCCAUGACCACCUGGUGGAGCGAAGAAUCCGCAGAACCCGGCUGGUGACCAAAUAUGGCCACUGCAACAUUGAAUUCGGCAACGUGAAGUACGGCAACCAUUUUGCCUUCCUCGUGGACUUCUGGACGACCUUUGUGGAGUUCCGCUGGCGCUUUGUCCUCUUCUUCUUCAUCGCCUCCUUCACCCUGAGCUGGUUCAUAUUUGGACUGCUGUGGUUCUGGAUCGCCCGGAACAACGGGGACCUGACGUGGCAGAACCCCUCAAAAGGCCACAUCCCCUGUGUGGACAACGUCUACAAUCUCAUUACAGCAUUCCUCUUCUCUCUGGAGACACAGACCAGCAUCGGGUACGGUGGACGUGCUAUCACCCCUUUCUGUUCUGGUGCUGUAACCCUCAUCAUUAUCCAGUACCUCAUAGGUAACAUCAUCAACUGCUUCAUGUGUGGAGUCAUCCUGGCCAAGAUCUCCAUCCCUAAGAAAAGGGCCAAGACCAUCACAUUCAGUGAGAUGGCUGUCAUCUGUCCUAAGAAGGACUUCCUUUGCCUCAUGAUAAGAGUGGCCAACUUACGCAAGACCCUGAUGAUCGGGAGCCAGAUCUACGGCAAGCUGUUGAGGACAACCAUCAAACCCGACGGGGAGACAAUCAUCAUGGACCAGGUGAACAUUGAGUUCAUGGUGGACGCUGGGAAGGACAACCUUUUCUUUGUGUGCCCUCUCACACUCUACCAUGUGAUUGACAAUACUAGCCCUUUCUUUGAGGUGGCAGUGGACACACUCCAUAAGCAAGAGUUUGAGCUGGUGGUCUUUCUGGACGGCACAGCCGAGUCCACCAACUCAGCCUGCCAGGUCAGGACUUCCUUCAUCCCUCUGGAAAUCAUGUGGGGUUACAACUUCCUGCCUAUCAUCUCCCGCAACAAAGAGGGCAAGUACAGAGUGAACUUCUCCAACUUCUCCAAGGUGGUGCCCGUGGCUACUGCACACUGUGCCUACUGCUUCCACAACAUGAAGGGACACCACCUCCACUCCACUGACGGAAUUGACAACGGGGAAUUUGAAGUGAUUGAUAACUUAGAACAACCUAAUAUGACCAAGAUGUGAGCUUUUG